GGAGGGGCUCCAUACCAACAUAAAGGAUAGCGGGUGCUGGGAAGAGAUUCGGUACAUAACAUCCCUUCUACAUCUGUGAAAAUGCCGUUGGAAUUGUAUCUUGAUCUGCACUCUCAGCCAUGUCGCUCUGUGUUCAUUUUUGCAAAGAAAACAAACAUUCCGUUUGAUUUCAAGUUUGUUAAUCUGGCUACAGGCCAGCAGUAUGGGGAAGACUUUGGUAAGAUCAGUGUGGUGAGAAAGGUUCCGGUCAUGAGAGAUGGAGACUUCAUUCUUACAGAGAGUGUUGCCAUCCUAAAGUACCUGGCUGAAAAAUUUGGCACCUCAGAUUCAGACCACUGGUACCCAGCAGACCUGCAAAAGCGAGCCCGGGUCAACGAGUACCUGUCUUGGCAACACGCAGCCAUGCGAGCCCAUGGCUCAAAGGUGUUCUGGUUCAGGGCAAUAGUUCCCAUCAUAACUGGUUCAGACGUCCCUAAGGAGAAAAUGGACUCUGCUAUGGAGGACCUGAUACUGUCUCUGAAGGUGUUUGAGGAGAAGUUCCUGGAUGACAGACCCUUCAUCAUUGGGGAAAAGAUCUCACUAGCAGACCUGGUGGCAAUAGUAGAGAUCAUGCAGCCGGUUGGCACUGGUCUGGAUUUGUUUGAGAACAGGCCCACUCUCGGUGCCUGGAGAGACAGGGUAAAAAUGGAGCUUGGCGAGGCUCUCUUUGACGAAGCUCACAAGACCAUCAUGGAUGUGGCCAGCCUGCCUCAAACCUUUGAAAACAAUGGAAUGCUGGAAUUUCUCAAGCCAAAGAUACAGAAGAUGUUCAACUAACUCAUGAUGAGAACAUUUUGACCACCAAGUAUUGUGUGACAAUGCUUUUCAUUUUUGUCUUAAUUUUUGUAUGUCUUUGCACAUUUUAUUAGCAACCUGAACCCAAGUUUAGACGUAACAUAGUAAACGCACAUCCGAUACUCCAAUUAGUAUGAUAUGUUAUAUUUCGUAUUGUAUGUAUUAAUUUGUGGAACUCCAUCAACCAUUUUGUGUGAUAUGUUACAAAUUACAAUUCAUAUGAUAUGUUACAGAUUGCAAUUCAUACAAUAUGUUACGUUAGCUAGGUGGCUAAAGUUAACUAGGCUAGGGGUUAGGGGUUAAGAGAAGGGUUAGCUAACAUGCUAAGUAGUUGCAAAGUAGCUAAAAAGUAGUAAGUUGUUGCUAAUUAUCUAAAAUGCUAAAGUUGUCCGUGAUGAGAUUCAGAACACACAACCUUUGGGUUGCUAGACGUUCCCGUUAUAUGCCCAUCCAGCCACCCUGACUAACCACCCUACUUUUUGCCUUAAGUAACCAUCUGUCUUAUGUUACCAUACCAAAUAUAACAUAUCAUACUAAUUUGAGAGUCCCGGAUUUACAUUUACUAUGUUACGUCUAGUCUAUGAGACCAAGCUGUUAUUAGAAUAAACACUUACUUUCUUGAUAAUAAAUCAAAUAAAAUCUAAA